UUCUUCCUUUGUAAUAUUUCCAUUUUGUUUCUUUUCUUUUCCUUUUUUUGGUGCCCAGUUGAAAUAACUGCGCAGGCCCGCACCUAUUUCGCUCUUGUUGCCUUACAGCUGCACGACACACACUCUCUCUCUGCCGUCGCCACGGUUCCAUUGAACUUGGCCAUGUCGGCAAUGUCUGUGCAUUUCAGUCAGCGAUCUCGACCCAGUUACAAGUUGCGCACUCCCGGCUGCAUGUGACCCGACUCUUCUUCUACUUCUUUCGUUUACUCUCCCACCGGUGGUCCGCCCUUGUGUUAACACACCCCGACAUUUGCGCGCUGUGCAGGAAUAAAAUGUAGGCGACAAAUCAUGCCCUACUUCGAAAAGACUAACGUAAACAGUGUCAGAUCCUAUACUCAACGCCGGGUAUUCGACCGGACUUCGGAUUAAAUAAUCAGCAAACUGAAAUCGUGUGUUAUUGAAUCUAAAUGAGCUAAAAGAAAAGAAAGUACUACUACGCCUAUUCUGCUGUGCAGUUCCGCAAUUUUCAUUGAAACGGAUCACCAUGUCAAUUUCGUUUCCCCGCUUUCACGGGUGAACACCUGAAAGCUUUCCAGCCUCCCGAAAUAAACGUCCGACGACUUCACUGACGUGAAUCGAUGCCUGCAGACCCACGCAGUUAUUAUUUGAGUUGAAAUCAAAGUUUUUCUUUAUUUUUUUUCAAAGCAGAAGAAGAAAAAAAAGUGCAAGUGGGUGCCGAGCAUUUUGAAACAUUUCGAAUUCUCAAACGACAAAACUUUUGGGGCCGUACACACAAGCUUCAUCUCUUAAUAGUAGAGACAAAGGAGAAGAGUAGUGACCGAUUUCCUACAAAAAUCUUUCUGGACAAUCAAAAUGGCUAGUGCUAACGGGUUCAUUUGUAGCUGCCUCGUCAUUUUGCUGUCCAGUUUCUUCAUCAUCGUGCUCCACCAAAUUUCUGCUGUUACGGCAAUGGAACCCUCCUUUACCAAAAUUUACCCAGAUGUUGACAACAACAAGCAAAUCGUCGUCGUGGCUGCUGGAACAGCUCAUCCACGAUCUCUGACCGCUCCCCUUUCGUCUAGUGGCGUGGCCGUCGAGUUGGAGGAGCUCCUACCUGAGACGAUGGAAAACGGCACCACCAAUCACAUGAUCAUCUUACAGGGCGAGACCGUCCUCCUUCCGUGCAAGGCCUACAGCCUCGGACAGCGAACGGUUUCGUGGAUUCGGCGGAGAGAUUGGCACAUCAUGUCGUCCGGCAGUCACAUCUACACGGCCGACAGCCGUUUCAGCGUCCUCAACCGGCCCGGCUCACCCGACUGGAUUCUGAUGCUCAAAUCGCCGCAACUCUACGAUUCCGGCACCUAUGAAUGUCAGAUAGCGGGCGGACAUGGACAAGUUUCGCACUUUGUCGAACUUUUAGUCUGGGCGCCGGUAGCGUCGGUCGUCGAAGGCAGUGAACACCACGUCGAAGCCGAGAGCAACAUCCAACUGCAUUGCAAACUCUACCCAGAAGCCAACAAUUUCCAUAUUAACAACAGCAACGAGACCAACCGGGAACAGCAGACGGCACUUCACCAGUUGUCGUUACCCGCGCAGGUGGUGGGUGGCAGAGCGCCGUUCGUUUGGUUUCACAACGGCCGGCCGCUGAUUCACGGCGGCAAAUCGUCGGCCGGUUUGGGGUUGGUGUCCAUUUACCUGGAAGAUGUUGCUGAAUCCAUCGCCGGAAAAAGCGACUGGAUGGCGUGGACGAGCCGUUUGGUGAUCCAGCGAGCAGAUCCAGCCGAUUCCGGCAACUAUACCUGUGCACCGUGGAGAGGAAAAUCCGCAUCAGUCAACGUCUUUGUUUCACAAGGUGAUCGACCAGCGGCGGUUCAGAGGCAGUCUGCGCUGAGAUCUUCCAUCCCACUGAAUGUACUCAUCUUUGGGCUUAAUUUUCUUCUACUUCAGAUGCCUCUUCAGGACCGAUAAUCCCUUCUCUUUCUGCUUUGU